AUAUAGCUCUCUCAUCCAGGUAAAUUUUCAGGGACAUUAUAAAAUCAAGAGUCACCACCCCAAAUCCUCUUAGUUUACCAUUAACUGCUUACCAAAUGAGAAGUUUAUCGAAAAUGUCGCGAUCGUUUUCUGUGGAGUCAAUUUUGCGCAAUGAUUCGCCCCCGCGAACAAAUACUACCGCAGUGACUACUCAAGGGAUAUACACAAGAUUACCCACAUACACGGACUACACCAUCGAGAAUUAUCUCUUGAGUUUCGAAACACUGAGACAGGUGCAGCAUCCCCAGGAUAAAGUACCAACUGUCUGGACACCAGCACCGUACGCUCCCACAUACGUACCGAGAUCAUUCUCAACUUCACCGACUUCCCCGGAGAAAUCAUCCACUGAGGAGGGUUCCGUAAAACGUGCCAGGACGGCUUUCAGUAGUUCUCAGUUACUGGAACUCGAGAGGGAAUUCGCAUCCGAUAUCUACUUGACGCGCCUCAGAAGGAUUCAGAUUGCAAACAAAUUGAAAUUAUCGGAGAAACAAGUGAAAAUUUGGUUUCAAAAUCGCAGAGUGAAGAAGAAGAAGGGUUCAGGUGAUUCGACUCCUGGAAAAUUGUGUCACGUGCAUUUGUGCCACUGCUACAGUCCUUCAUGUUCUUCUUGAUUUUUUCACACAUUUGAGGAUCAUUGAUUUUUUUAUUGUACAUACAGGCUGUGUCUAUUUAAUAUAAAGCAAAUCUUUAAUGUAAAAAUUUAGAAAAAAAAUUGUGCUUCAAUAGUGUUAGCGUGUAUUAAUAAAAUAGACUGAUUUUGUAAAAU